ACUGCAGACAGUACAGGGGAUGACCAGAGACUGCGGACACAGUACAGGGGAUGACCAGAGACUGCAGACAUAGUACAGGAGAUGACCAGAGACUGCAGACACAGUACAGAGGACCAGAGACUGCGGACAUAGUACAGGAGAUGACCAGAGACUGCGGACACAGUACAGAUGACCAGAGACUGCAGACAGUACAGGGGAUGACCAGAGACUGCAGACAGUACAGGGAAUGACCAGAGACUGCAGACAGUACAGGGGAUGACCAAGAGACUGCAGACAGCAGUACAGGGGAUGACCAAGAGACUGCAGACAGUACAGGAGAUGAUCAGAGACUGUGGAC